AGCUCUCAACGUGGUGCCCACAGCAGUCCAACGUGUGGAGCAGCUCGCGAUGAACAGAGGGUUUUAUUAAAGACAGUUUCAGAUAUUCUGACCAGACCAGGUCUUUGCUGCUCUACAAUGGGGGAGUUUAAGGUGCACCGGGUCCGGUUCUUUGACUACAUGCCCUCGGCUAUCCGAGCUCUGGCCUUCCAGCCGCAACGGGAGAGGAUCGCUGUAGCCCGGACGGACGGUUCUGUGGAGAUCUUCAACCGCGCUGACCGCUUCUUUCAAGAAAAGGUGAUUCCUGGGCGAGAGCAGGCGGCUACUGAAGCCUUGGCCUGGGUCGGGGACCGUCUCUUUAGUGCAGGCUUAAAUGGAGAGAUUAUUGAGUAUGAUCUCGACAACAACAAAACAAAAUACACACUAGAUGCAUACGGAGGUCCAAUAUGGACCAUAACUAGCAACAUGCAAGGAACUCAUUUAGCUGUUGGGUGUGAAGAUGGGACUGUGAAACUGUUUGAAGUGCGUGAAGAUAGAAUACAGUUUCAAAGAAACCUGUCCAAGCAGAAAGGACGCAUCAUCUCUCUCUCUUGGCAUCCCUCUGGCUCAAAGAUUGUUGCGGGAAUGAUGGAUAUGAUUCAUAUUUUUGACACUGAAACAGGUCAGUCAGUGCACAGGCUGCUGGUGGAGCGUGGAAUAGGAACAUCCCGGAGUCAGGAAUGUGUGGUCUGGAGUGUGGUGUACCUCUCAGAUGGCACCAUCAUUAGUGGAGAUUCAGCUGGGAAGGUUAAAAUGUGGGACAGCCGCACUGGAACACUGAUUAAAAGUCAUCAGGUCACCAAGUGGGAUGUGCUGACAUUAUCAGUUUCACAGGAUGAGACCAGUCUUGCUGUGGGGACCUCAGAGGGGACUGUGGUACAGUUCCAGUUCCUCUCUAUGGUUCUAGGUCAGGAGGACAAAGAGUGGGUCCGAACCAGAACCUUCAAGAACCACACGCAUGAUGUCCGUGCUGUGCUGGAGAUUAACACGGCUAUUGUAUCAGGGAGUAUGGACACACAGUUUGUGGUGAGACCCCUCUUAGACAAAAUUGAUGAGAGGAGCCAAGCUUCUGCCCUCCGCAAAAUACAGUUCCCUCAUCGGAGAUUCGUGUCAUGUGCAAGGAAGGCUGGCCUGCUGCUGUUCCAGUAUCCUGGCCACCUGGAGCUGUGGAGACUUGGGGAAAGUGAUGGAAAUGGCAUCUCUGAAAGUGUUUUAACUGUCAAAAGGAAACCAGAGAAAUUACUUCAUUUAAAGAUAAAGGGUGAAGAGCACAUUUGCUGCAGUGCGGUGUCACCGUGUGGAGAGUGGAUUGCAUACUCCACAGUGGCCAGUUUUCGACUGUAUAGACUACACUGUGAUAACAACAAUGUCAGCAUCACCAAGGUGUCCAAGCUUCCAAAGGUUCUCAGCUCAGCCAAUCAGAUUUGCUUUUCUUCAGACUCCUCCCAGUUGUUUGUGGCAUCCACUGGUUCAUCAGUACAUGUGGUAGUUCUGAACCAGUCUGGGUGCAAGUUUGUUUGCACACUCAAGCCUAAGUCAGGAUCUGGUCAGGCCAUUAAUCUGUUAGCAGCCAGCGAGGAUGGAAAAUGGCUGGCCUCAGCAAACAGUGACCAUGAGGUUCAAGUCUACAACCUGAAAAAAAUGAAGCCCCAUUGCACUCUGCCUGUUUACAGCUCUGGAGUCAGUGCCAUGGCCAUCCACCCAACCACAAACAACCUGUUCAUGGUGCAUGCAGAUCAGCAGCUUAUUGAGUACUCUAUAGAGAAGAAGCAGUACACUGACUGGAGCCGGCAGGUGCAGAGGCAUGGCCUUCAUUCUCUGUGGUUGGAGAGGGACACGCCGGUCACUAAUGUUACCUUCAAUCCCAAAAACCCUGCCCACAUUAUUCUUCAUGACACAUACAUGUUCUGCAUCAUUGACCAGACCCUGCCUCUCCCUGAUCAGGGAAGUCAGUUCUACAAUCAGCUGACCCUGAGAAGCAUGCCAGAGAAGGAAAGGAAAAAACACAGCCAUGCUUUCAAAAUGUGCAAGAUCUUUAAGGGGCUGCUGUUUGUGGAGCUGAUGGAGGAUCAGUCACUGGUGGUGGUGGAGCGCCCUCUGAUGGACAUUACUGCUCAACUGCCAGCGCCAGUUAGACAGAAGAAGUUUGCCACAUAAGUGUGUGUGUGUGUGUGUGUGUGUGUGUAUGUUUGUAUGUAUGUAUGUAUGUGAGUGUGUUUGAGUGAGAGAGACCCAUUGUGAACCUACUUCUCCCAAUGCUUUGUAAUAACUGUUUGAUACAGCAAUAAACAGAAUAUUUACUGUAAAAUUCA